CAGGGCCCUGCCCGGUGCUCGGUACCCGGUGCUCGGUGCCCGGUACCGGCCCCGUGCCGGUGCCCGCUGCCCUCCCGCCUGGCCUCGGCAUGUCGCAGGCCACUUACAACAAGAUGUGGACAGAUGCCCAGAAAGACCUCGACAUCCAGCUCCAGACAGAGAGAGAACAGUUCCUCCAGCCAGAGAAGGACCGCGUGAAAGUGUUCAAGAUGUUAGCUUCUUCCUACAUCAAAUACAUGCGGAUCUUCCGCAACUUGGAGGAGGCGCACGACCGACUUGUUCACCAGCAGAAACGGGCAGUGAUCCGACAAGUGCUAGAUGGCGUGAUUGGCCGGAUCCUGGAGAUGAAGAAGGAGAUGGUGGCGCUGGAGAACUCCGAGUUUCAUUACAUCGAUAAUAUCCUAGAAGACCUAAAGCUUCUCCCGGAAGACAUAGAAAUACCUAUCCCAAGGUAUUUCAUUAAAGAAAACCUGGAAGUCUUGCAGCAGAGAGAGAAAAUGCUUGAUGAGAUUUUAUGUAAUGCUGGAUUGCAGACACAGAAACCUGUCAAGGCCAUGACAUUUGAAGAAGCCGUUAAAAUGAUCCAGGUCGCAGAGCGGGCUCGCCAGGGUCGUCGUCGAGCAGUAUUCAUGAAGCAAAUGUACCUUGAAGAAAAGACAAAAAGACAAACAAAACUUCAGGUACAGACUGGUCCAAACCCAGAUGAUGCUGCCACUUGCAUUCAAAAGGUUUGGCGUGGAUAUAUCCAGCGCAAGAAAACAGAGAAAAUGAGAGAAGAGGAAAUGAUAUUUCUGGGUAUGAGCCUGCCUCCUCACUUAAAGGCAAUGAGCUCUUCACAGAUGCAUGCCAAGCAAGUAAAUGCCCUGCAAGGUGAGGUCCAGGAGAGAAAUGAGGAGGUAUUUAUCAAGGACAAGCUCAGAGAAACAGAGGGUCUCGACAUCAAGGAAACUCUCGAGGAUCAGAUCGGCCAAUGUUUCAUCGAGUGUCGGCACAUCAUAGGCAGGUUUCCUGACUAUCCUACCAAAGAAGCAGGAGGUUCAGCGACUAUUUUUUCUCAAAAAACCCCAGAGCAGGUUGCUGCAGAACUGGCAGCCAAAAAGGAGGCGGCCCUGCAGAAAAAGUCCCAAAAGGAAGAAAAAGAAAAAGAGAAAGGAAAGGAAAAAACAAAAGGAAAAACACAGAAAACUGGAAAGAAAGAAGAGGAUGAGGGCUGGAAAAUGGCUCCCAGUAAUUUCCUUUCAAUAAUGGAGGAAGGAAGCAGUCAAUACAAAGCCGUUUGGCAGAACAGAGACGAGGGAUGGGAUUUCCUCCAGGAUCAUGACCUGGAGCUGAUCAAAGAAGAGAAACGGGAAGAAGUGGAGGAAGAGAUCAGAGUGCAGGUUGAUGAAUUGAUGCAACAGAAACUAGAGAAUCUCAAACUGGCUGUGGAUGGAGAGAAGAGUGGCAAGCAGAAAAAAGGAAGAAAAAGUGAAAAGAAAAAAAAGACAGCAAGGAAGAAAAUAUCUGAGCUGGAAGAAGAUCUGACUCCUGACAGGACCAUCGAUUCUCUGUACAGGGAACUAGUGGAAGAAGGAGUACUAAUAAAAUCCAAGACAGUGUAUCUCUCCGACUACAUUGGCGAGUACAACUAUCUGGGGACUACACUUCGUCAGGUAGAUAUAGAGCCGGUGCCCUCUCUUGCAGAUGUCAGGCAGCUAAUAGCACUGUAUGGGAUAUUACCACUAGGUUCCCAAACAGUUCAUGAGAAGGCUCCUUUGGUGAAAGCCUUAUUACUGGCUGGACCUGCUGGUGUUGGAAAGAAAAUGCUGGUCGAUGCCAUCUGCACAGAAACAGGAGCCAACCUCUUCAAUUUAUCUGCUUCCAACAUCGCUGGGAAAUAUCCAGGCAAGACUGGCCUGCAAAUGAUGCUUCACAUGGUUCUCAAGGUGGCUAAGCAGCUGCAGCCUUCAGUCGUGUGGAUUGGAGAGACAGAAAAAACAUUUUAUAAAGCGGUGCCGAAGGCUGAAGAACAGAUGAACCCAAAACGUCUGGAAAAGAUUCUCCCCAAGUUCCUUAAGGCUUUGAAAGCCCAGGACAGAGUGCUGCUAGUGGGAACCACCAGCCGUCCCUUCGAUGCUAAUCUUAAACCUUUCUGCAAAGUUUACCAGAAAAUUAUUCUGAUUCCUAGGCCUGACUAUGCUUCAAGAUUUGUGUUAUGGAAGCACAUCAUCCAGCAGAACGGAGGAGUGAUCACCAACUUACUGAACAUAAGCUGCCUCGCGAAGGUGUCUGACGGUUUCACCCAGGGACACAUCGUCCAGGUGGUGCGUGCUGUCCUGAGCGAGCUGCGCCUCCUGCAGAUGACCAGGAAGCCGCUGCAGACUGCCGAGUUCAUGACUCCCCUGGCCAGACAGGACCCAGUGUACAAAGAGGAGGAGGAAACGUUUAAGGUGACAUUAAGAGCUAUGUUAACUGGCUGUCUUUCAUCGUCCCCUGUUGUGUCCUUGUCGGCACAUUUGAUCCAGGGACCUGCUAAUUCUGCUGAUGGGUUGGCACAUCGCUGUUUGAGUGAUGAUGUAUUGCUCGACGGCGCUGAGCACCCAUCUCCCCCAUUUUUGGAUGCCUGGCAGCCCCGGCUGCUGGGCAGCUGGAUGUGCCAGGCAAGUGGUGAUUAUUACAGGCAGCAGCUCAGCACAGGCAGCGCGCCUGGCACGCCGCGUUGCUGAACCUGCUGCCUGCACCCAGCUUGUUGCAAGCAGAGCGGCCCUCACGUGCACAGGUACACGAUGCAUGUGCCGGUGGCACGGUGCAUUCAUCCCUUUUGGAGCUGCCACGCUUGGUAGGCCUGGCUGUAUUUUCUUGAGAAGGCAGAAAUCUUGGACAUCUGGGAUCUUCAGGGUGUUCCACAUAGGGAGCAGGUUCUGUUUUUUUUAAUUUUCUCAGACAAGAAUUUUCUCAUACAAGUUUUUGUGUAGGGGAUUAAAAAAAAAAAAAAAAUACUUUCUGCCUCAAAUUCCAUCCCCCAAAGCCAUAAAAUUGGUGCACAAUAUGCACCUCAAAUAUACAGGGCUCAUCCUGCAGAGAGAUACCUCUUCCACAUGUAGCUCAGUAAUAAUUAUUCUUCCCUAGACUAGGAUUAUUUUUAUGCGGUACUUAAUUCUGCUUUCACUGUAUCGCAUUUGAUUUUCCUAAUAAUGGGAACAGUUUAUCAGUUUCAGCUACAGGUCUACAAUUUAUUUGCCGAGGUAACUUCAGUGUAGCUUAGGGACAGCUGAACUGGGCUUGAACUAGCUCACUGAGUACAACACUAGAGCUUGGGGCACUGACUGCAGGAGAAUGGCACGAUACUUGGCCGAGGCUCUGAAAGCCUACUAACUGCUAGUAAAACCUUUGGCCGCUGAGCAGGACGGCCCUGCUAUGCACCCAGGAGAGCUGCAGCCCGCCCCAGGGGCCCCAGAUGGGACAGGACUUGAGUACUGAAGCCAAGAGACCCUACAAGGGCUUUCUGGUCUCCCUGCCCCUGCCAACUUCUACACAGACAUGCUUACAAACCCUUGAGUUCCCCUGGCUGAAAGGUUUCCUUUUCAUGCUGCUUGUAGAAUGCCCUCUGGUUCUGAAUCCCCGCAGCACCCUGCACAAUAAACAGGCUGUAGUUCCAUGCAACUUUGUCCAAGUCUUCUUCCACUGCUACCUAAUGAUAGUGCAUAUUUCUCCCAGCCCUGUUGAACGCUUUCCAAUUUCCAUUUUGAGCCAUUUGGCUCGCUCAGCAUAGGCAGCAUUUGUGAUAUUUGGCAAAUUACUCUUUUUUCCUCAUGCUUCCUAUCUAAACCAAUAUCUUUCCUCAGGGAAAGGCUAAUGGUUCAGUGUUACAGUGAAGAAAAAGCUCAUAUCGUUCCCAGCUCCAAGUAGUAAUCCAUUUGUAGCCUGAAACAUGAGAGCUAGUACUUAGAGCAAGUUUAACUUGCAGAUACUAUUCCCCUUACUACAAAUGUGCCUGUUUUGUACAGCACGGGUAUGCAGACGGCACUUCAUUUGAACACUGCUAAAAUGAUGCUGUUCUCAGUAUCCCAUGGCAAUCAUUUCCUUGCAUUAAUUAGAGCCCUUAAGAAAGUAUUUCCUUUUAUCUGUUUUAAAUUUGUUUCCCUUAAAUGUCAUGGAACCUAGCCUCAGCACCUGUAAUGUGGCACAGGGGAAGAGGAUUGUCAAAAUGGCCUGUGCAUUAAUUAACUCCAGGAUCUUCAUCUCGUCUCACAGAGAAGCCCCUCUUCCCGAGCCUCUAAUCAUUGCCAUUGCUGGACCUCUUCUGUUGCUUUGCUUUGUCCCUUUUGAAGUGGGGUGGCUAAAACUUAAAGCGGCAUUCAAAGCAAAGAUUAGCGCUGUGAUGAAUCUUUGAUUUCUAUUCACUGGAAACAUGAAUCUCCCUGUUUGACAUUUAUAUUCUGCCAGUGUUCCAAAAUGAAUAUAAAUAAUGCAAAAAUUUGUGAUAAUGUGAUUUCUUCAUCCAAUUUACUCGAAUUUCUGCCCCAAUUAUACAUCCGUGGUUGUGAAAUUAUAAGUUAUUGCGCCAGGGUGAUUGAUAGAAAUCCUUACACAGACAGAGCAGUGGCCCUACAGGAGCAAAGGGUGGUCCAGCCAGCACGCUAGCUCUGCCUGGCAGCGACAGGUACAAAAUCCAUAGGAAAGCCUAUACCAAAGAGCUGUGGAUGUCAUCCCUCCAAGCAGCGAGGAUUUUUAACUCUGCCUGCAGGCAGGGCUCCUCUCCUCAUGCUGCACUGAGGUCCUCAGUGAAGGCCAUGGUGGUCAAAACAGGCAGCUCCUGAGAGAGUACAACUUGCCUUUCGUAUCCCACUUAUGCAUGAAGGACCAGAAACAGCCACCUCCAGGCUUCUCCCUGCCCCAUCCUGUCCCAGCUGUGUCUCUUCUGAUGGAGGAAUGGGUUGGCCAUGUUUAGGACAGUGAAAUCCAGCUCACCACCAUGCUGGGAGCACAGGGUUUCCUCCCGGACACCUCCUGUCACAGCACCAAGGCGUGGAUGCAUGAGAGGCUGUGUGAGGCUUUAAUCUGUGCAGUCGAGGCUCUUGCAGAGGGGAUGCCCAGUGGAUUCAGGCAAUUAGAGCAGAGAUCAGUGCUAUAGCUGAACGUUUGACAGCUGUCAGGCUUCAUUUACCUGCUGACAGUAUUUAAUCUGCAGCACAAGAGGCACCAAUAGGGUGACUGUCAUCAGCCCCUUUCUGGGACCCAGGGAACCCUUAGGCAUCCACAGGGACCAUCCAGGACUGGGAGAGGAAUAACAAGGGCUUGUCUUCCUUCUGUACUUCCAAAACCUCUUCUCCCCAAAACCUCUCUCGCUGCUGCCCCUCUGUAACACAUAAACACAGAGCAGGAAACUGGACAAGGCAAAUUCCUACGCGGAGCCUUACCAGGUUCAAGGUGGAGGCAGCAUUUUGGAUGGAUCAUAUGGAAAGGACAGACUUGAUGUGAUGUUAAUAGGGUAGGAGGGUUGCAGGAGACAGCAGCCCAAACAAAGGGCAGAGGAGACGCAGUGGUGGCAUUAAAUAGUGGUCUGUGGUCAGAGGAAAGACAUUCAUUCCUGGGGCGGUGUAUGGAUGAGUAUGGCCAAGAGGGAAUGCAUUUUAUCAAACAUGUCAACACCUACUGGCAUUUCAGUCUCUGGUGUAGGCAGGACUUUGCUGAUAAAGGUUCCUGUAUGUACAUGUGGGGAAUGAUGAGUCCCUGCACAUUACUAAUUUUAAAGCCCUACCCUCUGCUUCAUUUUACAUGAUUUUAACAUGGCUGAGAACUGCCUUGUUGACAUUACAGCCCAGGAGCUUGGCAAGUUUGCAGAACGACUGUACCAAAAUCAUUUACAAGUCACAGGACUGUGAACAGGCAUCUGAAAGCAAUAAACAGGUUUUUAAUGUUUGGGGUUUGUUUUGUUUCUUAAGCUCUCUCAUUGAAAUAAAAACUGUCUGGAUUGAUUUGCAGAACCAUGAGAAGCAUAUGCUUUGUCUGCUGCCAAGUUCCAGACCAGAGGGGGUUUUGACAAGAGCUAUAUACCUCGGAAAUAGGGUUGAUCAUAGAACUUCUAACAUUUCCAUAACUAUAGCAACACAAAUGGCCCAGCUAAGUAUUCCUGUUAAUGAGACACACUUCAAGCGAGCAAUUGCUAUACUUCUUGUUAUAACAAUGUUCUCAAGAGAUCUAAGGAUUUCAUUUCUGCUUCUCCACAAACCAGCCAGGAUUUUAAGGUUUUUGUAAGGAAUGUUCCAUUUUACUAGUAAAAAGUCUCUUAAAUGUUCUUCCAUGAUUUUGCUUUUAGUAUUAUUAAAACAUACGCAUGGUUU